AAUAAUGAGGACAUCUUUGUUCAGCAAUUACGGUUUUCUGUAUGAAUUCCGUAUUUUAAAAAUGGAAUCUGCUACGUCAGUGUGUAGAUAUUUUAUUCCGCUUUGCUUCCUCAAGUCAAUAAUUUAUUGCUACCAUUUUUCAAUUUCCGGAAAAAUGUAUUGGGAAAGUUUCACUAGAGCAUCUGGCUGAUAUUUGUGUGAGUUUUGUGGUGGGAGGAAGAAGACUGACACUUGGGGUGUUGAGCGAAUUUUACAUAUAAGAAGUGCCCUUUAUAAUUCAGUUUUUUGUUGAUUGAUAGUAUCCUAUUCCGAUGUUAUGUUAGGAUUACUAAGUGGAAAUCAGUUCUGCUUAUGAGGACGGAAAAUUUUGUGAGACAUUCCACUUGAAGGCUUCUGGUUGGAGUUGUUGCAAUUCUUGUGGAAAGCAUAUACAUUGUGGAUGUAUAGUUUCAUUCCAUAUGUUCAUACUAUUGGAUGCAGGAGGAAUUGAAUGCCUGACUUGUGCGAAGAAAAGUUACAUUUUGACCCCAAAUCCUGCAUGGCCACCACCUUCUCAAUUUCUUCCUUCACAGCACCGAAAUUUGAAGGACCUCUCCAUGAAAAGUUGGAGAAUAGCUGGCUCAGGUCCAUUGCCGUGGCGAAAAGCACCCAGUUUUUUCAAUGAUUCUGGCUUCCAAUUCGAGUUGCAGCCGGGGAUGCCCGUUGAAGUUGAUGUGGUUCAUGGCAUUGAUAGAUUUGGUAUAAGUGAGAGAUUUUCCAUCUCUUCUCUUGAGAAGAAACAAGAAAAUUUCUUUGAAAGACUGAUUGACGGAAAGCCGAUUGUUGGCCCAUCUGAAACACUUGAGGAUGGAAUUUCUGCAUCCAAUAGGGAGGAGCAACAUAAUCCCUCUGUAGCAUCAGUCGUAAAGAAUGAGUCUUCGACCUCAAAUGUGAGUUUGGCUUCAGCUUUUUCAUCCAAACAUGAAACAAAUGGUCUGAACCAUGAUUGUGCAAGUCUUUCACAAUGGCCCACCCUUUCAACUCCAAUGGUCAAGCACGUCCCCAGAUACAAUGGAAUGAACUCAGCUGGUGAGGCCGUAGCACAUACUGGAAAGGCUCGAGGAGAUUGCCGAGGCCGUAAUCAGUUGCUACCUUGGCAUUGGCCACAAAUAACUAAUGAGGAGCUACUUCAACUUUCUAGCAAUUCAAACUCAGUCCUUACACCUUUAUUUGAGAAAAUACUGACCGCUAGUGAUGCCGGACGGAUCGGACGCUUAGUGCUGCCAAAAAAGUGUGCAGAGGCCUAUUUUCCACUGAUAUCUCAGCCAGAAGGGUUACCUCUGGAAGUACUGGAUUUGAAGGGAAAAGAAUGGGUAUUUCAGUUUCGGUUUUGGCCAAAUAAUAAUAGCAGAAUGUAUGUCUUAGAAGGAAUUACUCCUUGUAUACAAUCAAUGCAACUGCAAGCUGGUGAUGUAGUAACGUUCAGUAGGCUGGAGCCAGAAGGGAAAUUGGUCAUGGGAGGCAGAAAAGCUUCAACCACUCCAUCCAAUCAGGGGGUUGAGGCUACUUUAACUGGGAAUGAUGCUUUGGCUCCUGAGGAUGAUAAGGGUAAAUAUAAACUUGGAGAAAUUAACUCAAUAAAUGGUCUCACGAAGGGUAAUUCUGUGCCAGCUAGAUCUUUUCCAGUCAACCAGAUCGCUAAAGCAGAUUCCGGAACAACCUGGUCUGAAAUUUGUAAAUCAAGGUUCAAAGUGAAUGAAACACUCGAGGCUAAGGCUAUUUGUCACGGUAAAAGGAAGAAUAGCAUCUUGGGUUCGAAAGGUAAACGCCUUAGGGUUGAAAAUGAGGAUAUGAUAGAGCUGAAGAUCACAUGGAACCAAGCUCAAGGGUUGAUGCGCCCGUCUCCUAAAAUUGUUCCCACAGUUAUUGUUGUGGAAGACUUUGAAAUCGAAGAAUUUGAGCAGCAUGCACCAAUUAUUGGAAGGCCUACUAUUCCUGCAAUCGAUCAUUUUGGUGAAAAGAUACAAUGGGUUCAAUGUGACGACUGUUUAAAGUGGCGCAAAGUGCCUGCCAAUGCUCUUCUUCCUUCAAGAUGGACGUGUUCUGAGAAUGUAUGGGGCCUUGACAGAUCUUUAUGUUUGGCUGCUGAGAAAUUAUCCACAGAAGAGCUUGAAGAUAUGAUACCCACCAUUAGCAAAGAUUCUUGUAAAAAGAAGAAGAAUGAGAAACAGGAGUCAGAUUCGGUUGUGGCUAUGGAAGGACUCAAUGCACUCGCUAAUUUAGCUAUCCAAGGGGAGGAAGAUCUUCCAGCUUCAUCACUAUCCGGACUAAGGCACCCACGUCAUAAACUUGGCUGCACAUGCAUUGUUUGUAUUCAACCUCCCAGCGGGAAAGGCCCCAGGCAUGCGCAAACAUGCGACUGUGUUGUCUGCAAAUCCCUGAAGCGCCGUUGCAAAACCCUGAGGGAUAGGCGUGAGAAGAAACAGUUGGAGAAAGAGGCUGAAACGACAUAUACUGAACAAGUGCCAGAUAAUGAUAGUUGUGUUGAUGACGCCAGUGAGAGAAAUUUCUUGGUCUCGCCUUUGAAAGGUCAAAUUGACCUUAAUAUCCAGCCGGAGCGGGAUGAAGAGGUGUCACCUGGUUUAUAUUUUGGAGCCAUAAAAUGCUCACUUCCAGAUGCUACAGAGGGAAAUUUUAGGCAGCAAGGAUAUUCAAGUUUGGGUGUUGGCAUAAAUGUAGUCGACAAGCAGAUACAGGAAGACGGAACUGGUCAGUCUAACUUCAGCAACCGUGUAACGCUAGACAGCCAUCUUGAAAAAACCGACGUGGACCAUCAUCUGAUUUUACCAAUGGAUACGGUGGGAUCCUCGUCAUCAACUGCUACAAGAGGUACUCUUUCGCGACAAUGCAAUCAUUAGAAAGUCCAAACUUGUGGCAAAGUAAUUAUUUGUUGCGUCGGCAGUAGUCAGCUUUGCCAUCUUCCAUUGUUAGAGCUGUAAAUCAGGAGUUUAUGAUUUGGUUAGAAAACUCGUGGCAAGGUCUUGGUCGCAUAGAUGUCUCGACGCCUCUAUUUUCUCGUUAGACGGAUGACUGAACUAUAGUUUUGCAUGUGUACAAGCAUAAUUGUGGUUAUUCUAUUUAUCUUUGCUGUUUGGCGUAAAAUCUUUUGUGGCUAGAGUUUU